UAUAAUCUUCCUUGUUAAGAAGAACUCUUACGCUUCUCACGUAUUGGUUGAAGUGCGCGGUAAUUACUUGGUAUUAAAAACUGCCUUGUGCAAAAUGUACAAUGAGAAUAUUAAAUUAUUACAAUUUUAAUGUGACCAUAAACAAACGCAGCUUAAAGAUUUUAUAGACGGUGUUCGACUAUUCUUAGUAAGAUGUCAUUUGUGAAGGCAUUCUGAUUUUUUCGAAACGAAUAAGUAAACGAAGGGAUUUUUUUAUAAUUCAAAGAUGAUUUUGAAGGAGUCAAACCGACUUCCUUGACACAAAUUUAAGAGUCCGAGUUUCAUUUUAAGGAGUGUAGAACUACCGGACUCCCGUUAGUGUCAAACACUGUCGGAUAGUCACAACGCGAUUGGACAAAAGAUGUCUGCUCCACGCGAACAAAGGUCGGACACAACAUUAACGAGACAAGAAAUAUGUAACGUUGACAACGAUAUGCAAUCCAGCGGCGUUAAGGUAUUCUCAGAUUUAAGAUCUGCAGCGAAGGAAAUCUUUCUCCGGAUGCAGGAUCCAAAUGAUAUGCGUUCGCUUGAGGAAAAAACAGCGAAAUUUCAGUUAUCCUUGAGACAAGCGGAAAAGAUGUUCGAAGAUCAGGAUAUUUAUGUCCGACGUCUGUUGGACAGAAGCUGUGUUCUGGAAGCAGCUCUUAAUGCUAGCGAGGAUAAAAGAAUUCAAAUGGAACCGGGCUUAUAUGAAGAGCGAAUGAGGGAAUGUGAAAUGUUAAAAUCUCGAAUAUCCACAGACCAUUCUAGGGAACUUCUGCCGAAAGCAAAAUCAUUAGAAGACAUGAGAAAGAUCUGUGUGAAAAACGAGGAAACUUUUUUGAAGGAUUGGGACCUCCUACAACAAUCAUUAGAAGAUAUGAGAAAUAUCUGUGUAAAAAACGAAGAAACUUUUGUGAAGGAAAUGGACCUCCUACAAAAAGAGAUAGCACGCAGAGAAGAAGAUAUUAAAAAACUAAAUUUGUCAUUACAGUCCGUGAAGUCUUGCAGUAAAGAGGACAGAAACAAAUGGCAACGACAAAUUGAAGCACAAGAUGAACACAUUAUCAUCCUGAAGAAGAAGAUAAAAAUACUGCAAAACAGAGUGAACACAUUGAACGAAACUGUCAAGGAACUGAGACGUAAGUCUGCUGUGACCUUAGGCGUUAGAAGUGAACCCAGUCACCAACUUGAGCAGUUGAUUGAAAAAGACGCGCAAUUGAAACAAGAAUAUGAUGAGAUUCAAAAAGAACUUGACAAGCUGUUGAGCGGUCAUCAGGUGAAUAUGACGGACUCUCCAACAACCAGAGGACUCUCUACUUUGUCAACAGACAAGUUUGAAAACGACGAGGUUACGCUUCGUAAACACAUUGAAAACGCAGAGAAAAAGAAAACACCCGUAAAAGAUGCUGUAUAUGAAUCAGUGGAUUAUGAAUCUAAAAAGGAUGAUCCACCUCAAAUUCCGCCCGGACGGUAUAAAAAAGCCAAUGUUUCACUGAACGACAAAUCAGAUAUUCCUCUAUCUGCUUUUAUUUAAUAUUUAUUGGUCUUAUAUAUAACACCUGAAAUAAUUGUUUUGGAUAUGUUUUGAAGUUAUUGUCUUUUCCUCUGCCGACCCUCAACUUAUUGAACUUCCUGCAUUAC